AUGACUACAGACACUCUGGUCUCCGCCGAUUGGCUCAAAGAGCACUUGAAUGACGAAAAUUUAGUUGUGGUUGAUGCCACCCUACAUUUGCCGGAUACUGGGCGGAAUGCGCGCGAGGAAUACACCGCUCAACACAUUCCCAAUGCCCUGUUUUUUGAUUUGGAUGACAUCGCCGACCGUAACAAUCCGCGCCCUCGAAAAAUUCCUCCAUACACACUGUUUGCCGAGAAAGUUGGUGAACUGGGAAUCACCGAAAGGAAAUUAGUGGUUGUUUAUGAUACGCGUGGUCUCUACAGUGCCGCGCGUGUCUGGUGGCUUUUCAGACAAUAUGGUCACGACGAAGUGAAAAUUCUGGAUGGUGGCCUUCCCGCAUGGCUAGCUAUCAACGGUCCAGUGGAAAAUGGGACCGUCCAUGCGACGCCGGCGACUUUUUCUACUGGUGUGAAACGUAACCAUCUAGCUUUAUGGAAUGACGUGCUUCAUGCCUCGCAGUCUGGGGGUCAGAUUCUUGAUGCAAGACCUUUCGAACGUUGGGCUGGUACUCAGGUUGAUCGCUAUCCUGGAACACGUCAAGGUCACAUUCCAAACAGCCUCAAUCUUUGUUGGUCUGAUCUCCUAGAAAAUGAUACACACCGUUUGUUGCAGUCUAAGGAAUUGAAGGAGAAGUUCGAAGAAGCUGGUCUAGACUUGAAGGCACCGGUCAUUGCGUCUUGUGGUUCGGGAGUCACUGCCUGUAUUCUUGCUCUGGGUCUCAACAACAUCGGUCACAAUGAUUGGAAAGUGUAUGAUGGCAGCUGGGAUGAGUGGGGCCGCAAUUUUGACUUGCCAAUCGCCACGCUAGAAGAAACUCAAUAG